AUGUCAGAGCCGCCACUCCCUGGAAAACCAGAACCUACGUUUGAAGGUUUACCUCCUGAGAUCUGGACGCAGAUUUGCCACUCACGGGCGUCGUACGCAGACGGGGAGAGCUUCAUCCUUGACCCCAUAAGCCUUUCUAGUCUCCGUCUCGCUAGUCGAAUCAUCCAUUCGAAGACCCAAGACGCAUUCCUACAGCGUCAUCUCUCUUCAUCCAAGUUCAGCCUGAUGCCAUGGAGUCUGGCCAUUCUGAAGGACCUAUCUGAAAACGAGCAUCUGUGCACAUACGUGGAAGAGUUGGAGUUCGGCCCGGAGAUAUUAAACACGAAUCUGGAUGUGGACCUUCGAUAUAUCAAAGAGCCGUGGGAAGAGCCGUCUAUGGGAUGUCCACACCCUCAGAGCUACAUACACAUGGAUUCUGCCCGACCUGUAUGGCCCAUGGUCAAGCUUCCGGAGCCGCUUUGGAAAGGCCUUACUGGAAGAGGUUCAGGAUCAGCAUUAGUGGUUCGUUGGAAUGACCGAGGUGGCUAUACCCGCUGGCUUCAAAAGUACGAAGGCACACUCAAAAGACUGGUCGAGCACCAGAACCGCUUUAGCACAGCGGCCAAAUACGUUCGAGAUGCCAUCGGAAAGCUUACGAACUUGAAGAGUAUCAAGAUCAAUCCCCGUCCUAUAGGGGCAUAUUACGAAGAACGAUUCGCCAAACCCAUACUACGGAGUAGAGGUACCAUGUCGCUCUAUCGCGCAGUCGGGGCACACGCCAUCGAAGUGACUACCGAUUUGGCCCCAUCUGGUUCGAGAACUCUAUUGGAGUUUAGCCUCGAUGGCCUUCUCUUCAUGGAGUAUUACGCCGAGGUCAUCAUGCUGGAGAAUCUCUCGAGAAUACUGAGCACGGUUGACUUGGACAAGCUCACAGUCGACCUGACAAUCACUGCGGCGAACCUUCCAUCGAACGGCAGGAUUUAUGAUCCUGCAUGGAGAGACGUAUUCGUGGCAAUGAAAGACAUGCAUCGGCUCAGGCGUGUCACGCUUGAACAGCUCGAAAUACAAGGCGAUCUCGAUAUGUCUAGCAAUGCGCCAUACUCAUGGGCUCUUAAGCCAUUCACAUCUGAUCGGCUGAAGGCCAAAGGGUACGAGAAGGUUCGCUCGAUGCUGGACUUCGUGACGCAGCGCAUAUUACUUCUUUCGGGUCGAGAGAUCACGUUCUGGCAAGUCCAUUUCGAGGUUCCUCCAUAG